GGGGGGGGGGGGUGGCUUGUUAAGCCAGACCUCAGGCAACAACAGUUGAAUGUGACUGGUAUUACAGCAGCAGGGAAAGAUACAGAAUCUUCUUCAUGGCCCCUGAGUGGAAGUGUUGGGCGUGCAAGCGGCAGCUUAGCGACAUCCGCAGUUGUACAAUGCCUGAUUAAGGCGCAGACUGAUGAAGCCCAAACAGGCACUGAGAAUCCAUUGGACAUUGGGGAAACAAUGGCCCACCCGACGUACGUCCAGCUGGCAAAGUCUGUAUAUGACUGUGUCAAAGACAUGGGAAUGCUUGGCGACCGCCAAGAACUCUUUUUUUCGGCUGAGAAUGAUGAGUGGGAGUUGAGCUACCAACCCCGCCUUGGACUCCCAUUGAUGAGCUACAAGGAAAAGUGGCAAGCUCUUCGAUAUGUGCCGCCAUCAUCUACCCCCGUUCCAACGAACCAAGGAUUACCCGGCGCAGACAGACGCCCUCUUAAGCGCUUGCAGUACCUUGCUGAAGAGUACUUUGCAGCGCAGCCGGGUCCCGACAACUCCGGCCAAAAUAUUGCUUUACAUUCAUGUCUCCGGCAAGCUCUAAAUGGUGAAAGCUUUACAAAGGAAAAGCUACUCGACCUUACAGAAAACACGGCCUAUCGACUAGGCGCGAUGUAUGAAGCUGAAUACCUUAGGCAGCAGGCAAACAUCGACUACCCAUCAAUCUUUGAGAUUGAUACAAAAAUCAUCCUGGCACGCAAAGGAUCCACCGACCGCCAGCUAAGGAGUAAGACAUGGGACAUGUUACUCGCCCAAAAUAUCAAUACCACUCCAAUUGGUAUUAAGCUACAGUGGGGUCAACCUUCACAGUACCUCAUGCUUGCAUUGGUUGAGACAUUGGGGUCCUGGGAAGCCAUUCAAAACCAUAUUAACGUGAUGGCUGCGAAGAAGAAGACCUGGUGCCGGUUUAUCUUCCGUGCAUGGCAAGGCCAUCGAGUCUCCCAUAACGACGGUGGAAUCAAGAGACAGCGCGCGUUCAUAGAAGCUUUGAAGAAGGUCAGGGAGUAG